CCAAUCCCCUCCCGGCCCCGGUCCCAAGGGCGACUCGGUCCCCGCGCCGGUGUCCUCGUCCUCCGGGGUCGUGUCCGCCCCGGAGCGGCUGAAGGUCUGAGGUCUGUAGGACGAGCUGAGGAGCUCGCAUGGAAGCCCCGGUCUGACACCAGCCAAUUCCGGGGACACCCAUGGCCAAGUGGCUCCGGGACUAUCUGAGCUUUGGCGGCCGGAAGCCUCCGCCGCAGCCGCCCACUCCCGACUACACAGAGAGUGAUAUCCUUCGGGCUUACCGGGAGCAGAAGGACCUGGACUUCGAGGAUCCCUACGAGGACGCCGAUGGCCGCCCCGAGUCGGAGCCCGCCGGGCUGGUGGACUCCAAGUACGACUCUCCCAGGCACCGGCUGAUCAAAGUGGAGGCUGCAGACAUGGCCAGAGCCAAGGCCCUCCUGGGCAGCCCUGGGGAGGAGCCCGAAGCAGACGCUGAGUACGCGGAUCCUUUUGACGCCCAGCCUCAACUGCCAGCUCUGGAUGAUGGGUACAUGGAACCCUAUGAUUCCCAGACCGGCUCAAGUGAACGGCCAAGCAGAGCAGUCCAGCUUUACGAUACUCCGUAUGAGGAGCAAGAUGCAGAGCCGGAAGAUGGAGCGACUUCUGGCCAGAGUCGGCUGCCACUGGAGGAUGAGAGGCCAGCAGAUGAAUACGACCAGCCUUGGGAGUGGAAGAAAGAUCAUAUCUCCCGGGCCUUCGCAGUACAGUUUGAUGGUCCUGACUGGGAGCGGACCCCAGGCUCGACCAAGGACGGCCGAAGACCACAGCCUGCGGAGCGCGUGGAUGUGACUCUGGCCCUGGAGAAGCAGCCGUGGUUUCACGGCCCCCUGAGCCGUGCAGAGGCCGAGAACCUUUUGUCCCUCUGCAAGGAAGGCAGCUACCUAGUGCGGCUCAGUGAGACCAGGGCUCAGGACUGCAUCCUGUCCCUCAGGAGCAGUCAGGGUUCCAUGCACCUGAAGUUCGCGCGGACCCGGGAGAACCAGGUGGUGCUGGGCCAGCACAGCGGGCCCUUCCCCAGCGUGCCCGAGCUGGUCCUACAUUACAGUGCCCGCCCGCUGCCUGUGCAGGGCGCAGAGCACCUAGCGCUGCUCUACCCUGUCACCGGCAGCCAGAGCCCCUGAGGGACCCUGUACACUGGCUCCAGGCCAGAGAGGGGAUGGGGGACCCAUGACACAGACCCCCCCCAAGCCAAAUCUAUUGCCCCCCGGGAGGUUCCAGGGCCCCCUCUCUGUGAGCGGGCUUUGCC